AAUUGUGGUUUUAGCUUACACGCUGGUUGUAAGAGUUCUAUUUACAAAAAGGCAAGAAAAGCUUUAUAGGAGAACAAUGUAUAGUCGUCUACUGCAUUAUUCAAAACGGAUAAAGAUAGAUGGAGUAGGUGGAAAAAGAAAUUAGGUAUAUUAAGAUGAGAAAAAAAACGUCUAAUUAAAUCUAAAAAUAGCUUAAAUAAGGAAGUCGAGCUAUAAUAUAUGGAAUUUGAUGAAAUUUCAUAAACCAAAUUCUAUCAUUUAUGUCAGUAUUUAAUUACUAAAGAUUGUUUUUAUUUAAUUCAACAAGUAUUCUAUUUAAAGAACCUAAUCAAUCUUAUGCUCCCUCUCCCUCUCUCUCUCUCUCUCUCUCUCUCUCUCUCUCUCUCACUUUUAUUUCUUACUCUUUCUAUCCCAUUCUUUCUUUUUUUCCCUCUCACAUGCUCCUCUCUUCCUUUCACAUUCAUUAAAGACACUCUAGUAUAUUAUUUAUAAUAAAUUUUCCUCUUGACUAAGUGGCACUUAUAUGAUAAACUUUAUCUUAUUAAAGCUUCCUAUUCUGUUUUGACGAUUUUGCUUCUUCUUUCAACUAUCAAAUAUUUAAUUUACCGUGUACAUCUUAAUAGCUAUAUAUACAGUAUAUACUAUUAUAUUUAUAUCUUGUCCUUUUGUUAAUAAUCACAAUUGAUAUAGUAUUCUAAAGACUCUAGGGAUUUUAUUUUCUAAUAUUGAAAUGUAUUAUUUCCCGAAAGAACCUAGGGACUUUUGCAUUUUUAUAUUACAAAUCUCUCAAAAGAACAUUAGGUAACAAUAUUUCUAUAGUGGGAAAAACUGAAGGAUAUUAAUUGAUUUCCAAGAUUGGAUGCUAAAUUUCACUUAAUAUAAUUGUUGCCCUAAGAAGAAAUUAGAAUAUAACUUUCAUUUUGUUGGUAUGUUGAAAUAAAACUUUUAAAAGUAGCUUGUAUAUUGUUUUUCACCGAAUCAUAAUGGACUUGUAAUUUUUUUAUACGGUCAAUUAACUAAUACUAUAAUAGUAAUAAUCAAUUAAUACCUCAGGAAAUAGGUUGAUAUUAAAUAAUUGGAAGGAGCAAGGUGAACCACUCUAAGGGUCUGGUUGUAGCUUCUAAAUUCUAAGAUAAACUGGUUACUCUAAAACUGCUACCCUUUAUUUACAACUGAAAAAUGUCAAAAACUACUUCUAUUCUUGUUAAAACCUUUGGUUAUACAUUUAUACUUUCGUAUUUUAGCUACAUAACAUUUACGGUUAAACUUUAUUAUAGUGAACUAUCUGUGGUCAGUUAUAAAAAUAGGACUGUUAACAUUACAAUAUAUGUGAACAAAGAUAAACUGCAAGAUUUCUUUCAUAGUGCAAACUUUACAUAUAUUGUAUUAUAUCCCUUAUUACUGCUGAGUUUUAUGAAAAAGUUUAAUUGUUUCAAGUUUAUUUUUGUAUUUGUGCCUGUAAUUUUACUACUGCAAAUUCUUUUCGGUUCUCUAUUAUUCGAAAGAGUAAACAAAGAAUUGAAAGAAUAUCAGCAAGUUUAUAAAUGCAAAAGAACCUGGCCAGUUGAUUACUAUAUAUUUAUUCUUUGGGCAUUCUGCCAUUCAUUCUUAUUGAUUUGUAUAUGCUUCUGGCGAUUUAUUCUGGAAAAGUAUCAAUCUGGUGGUUAUAUUGUUUUUACAUGGAAAGGAUUAAUUAAGUUUCAAUUGAGAAGUAGACAAUUAGAUAGUUUUCGAAUAGAAAAUGAACUUAGGGCCAGAAAAGGAUAUUUUAUCGAUUUAAUUGAAUAUGCUUGGUCGACAUUUUUGAUGGUUAAUUAUCUCGAUAGAGAUAAUGUAUUAUUAAAUCUAACGGAAUUCAAUGAAAUUGUAUUUAAUACAACAGAGAAUGACUCGAAUACGUAUAAUCACGCUCUCUCCAAUCACAGAAAGUAUUGUAACAUUCACAAAACAACCUCCAAGUCAACAACAGCGAAAAGGAAGCCUUGUUCUUGGAGAAUGCUAAGAAUUAGAUUGGAUCCAUGGAAAUUUUCUUCAAUAGAUUUUGAAAAUACAAUUCACAUAGAUGAUUUAGCUCUUCUUCAUAAGAUGAACAUUCAUUUUCUUACCCCAUUCUCAUAUAUGGAGACAAACCAGAAUGAUUGUCUCAUAAAUUGUUUGCAAAAAUUCCAUAGAUUUGAAAAUAUAUUUAUCAAAAUAUAUGUAUACGUUAUAGAAAGUCUCAUUAUAAGAGAGGAUGGAUUUACUCUUAUUAACCUGUUGUUGGAAAAGUUACAAAGUUCAUAUCUAAGGGUCAUGGUUCAAAAUCAACUAACAAAAAUAACAUUCUCUAGCUGGCCUCCUCCACUAUGGUUCCAUUCCCUUAUGAAAUUGAGAUAUAUGAUAAAAAAUAACUUGAAAGUUAUCAAUCUAAGAUACUGCACAGAAGAUAUUUUAUUGUUUAUUUCUCGUCCUAGUGAAACUGUUAUAUUUGAUAUAUUUUGUUUGUUAAAUCUUACAUUUAAAGAUUUAUGGAUUCUAGAAAACUAUGGAUUAUUUCAAGUUUUAAAUAUUCAAGAUUAGUAGAAUAUAAUAAAAUUUUGAUCCUGCUACUAAAAAAUUCACAAAUACUGUUUUAAUACUAGAAGCAAUAGAUUUCUAUAAAAAAUAAUAACAUGCUCACGUGACAUAUACAAAUAUUAGAACCACUCUAAUUCAACCAUUUAAAGCGAAUCUAUAAUAUUUGAGCUGAAAACAUAAAAUGCUGCGAACAAUCUCCAGUCGGAUAGUGCAAAUAAAAUAUGCAGUUAUCUGCUCUCUUCUUAUCUAUUUUACAUUCUCAAUUGCAAUAGUUUUUACGGAAUGGAUAAACCUGACGAUAUAUACACAGAAUGGUAGUAUGAGCAGAAAUAUUUCUAUUCCAGAAGAAAGAGCAUUCGACGAUUUAGCCUUUCAUUUUGGAAAUUUGACCUUAAUUACAAUACUUUAUCCGAGUUUAUUAUUCUUUUUUAAAAGAAAUAUUGUUUAUAUCGCAUUAUCAAUUUUAACUAUGUUAAUAACAUUUUUCGUUUGGGUAUUUGCUGUCGAAAUUUAUAUUGAUUGCAUUAAUAGAUUAAGAUAUUAUAAUAAAUCUUACAGAAUCGUAUGGUUCUGGGGUUUUGGAUUCUACGUUGCUAUAUUUCUCUUUUUGUUUGAUGUCGUAUUUAUGGUAUUUCUUCCUACAUAUAGAUUUUUAUUAAGUACCAACAAUAUGCAUCAGUUUGCCUUUACGACUUGUUUUGAAAGAAGACCUAAUGAUGAAGAGUCGCUAAUUGAUACUGUUGACCAAGAUAAUUGUGAACAACCUCUAUUAUAUCUAAAAGUUUUUGGUUUCGAAGCUGAUUUUUCUAGUGUAAACAACAACUUCGAAAGAAGACCAAUACUAUAUCAAAUAUAUAAGUCAAAAAGAAAGAAAAUUGAUCAUUUUGCUUCAAUUAAGAUAAAUCUUAACAAGAGAAAUCUAAAUCUCUUAUUAAAAGAAAAUAAUCAACAGGCGAAACAUUUAAAACUAUCUUCGUUUAAAGGAUUACAUUCAAACAGUGCAAAAAUUAAGGUUAAUUUGUCAAAAAAGCUAUUGCAGAAUCUUACAUCUACAAAAGUGGAAAAUGAUAACGAUUGGAUAUUACGUCAGUUGGCAAUGUUAAAUAAAUUGGGUAUACAUUUAUUAGUUCCUUUAAAAUUAAAGGGCUAUAAAAACAAUAAAUCAAUAAUUGAUUGUCUCAAAGAAAGGGAUAAUUUUGAUGAUAUAUUUUCUAAAUAUUGUCGAUUUUUUGUGGAAAGUUUGAUUAUUCAUGAGAAUGGAUUACUCUUAGCUAAUGAACUUGCACAAGAAUUACAAGCUGAACAUAAGCACGAAAUAUUGCAACUAGUUACGAAAAAAAUAUUUAGCGAUUGGCCUCCUCCCCUAAGCUAUUUGUGUUGGACAAAGACAAGAGAAUAUAUUAAAGCAUUUAAUGGAGAAAUUCAAAUUUUAGAUUUAAACAACACUGUAUUAGAAACCCUUCUAAAAAACUAUCACGAAAAGUCACUAUUGCAAUCAUCACCCCUUCGGCUUUCUUAUUCCAGGAUAUGGGAAAUGUCAGCGUUGCAUUACGGGAUUUUUGAAAAUAUUGAAUAACAUAUUAAACUGAGACUGUUUCUUUUUGUAUUUUUAAAGAUGCUAUUGAUAAAACUUGAAUAGAUUUAUAAUUUAUUUCUUUUUUGUAGAAGAGGGAGUAUUAUAAAACUUAUUUCUUCCUUAAUAAAGUAAAAACCAUAUGAAUGUGAAGCGAUAGAAGUAACGAAAGUACAACUUACAUUAUAUAUUCUAAAACCGAUAUAAAUAGAGUCAAAUAAAGUUAGAUAAAAUUUAAAUUUGAGUCGUUAUUUUGUAUUUUUACUUUCGUAUUUGCUUUUUCGCUCCUUUCAUAUGACUAAAAGCUGUUAAGUUAUUGUACUUUUUUAUGUUUAAAUUAAUAAUGUUUAACUUUAUCGUAAUCUCAUUAUUAUAGUAUCAAAAUAAGACGAUAACAAUUGCUUUUCACGUGUUAGACUAGAUAAUUGGUAUAACAAAUAAUUCGUUUGUUGAAUAGCUCUAACGCUUAGUAGCUAGCUGGUAAGCUUUGAGGAGUGUAAUCAACAAACUAAAAAUAAUCUAUUCUAAGAAUUGUUGCUCAAUGAAUGACAUGCUUGAGCAAACGGUAGACAACAAGUUUCGUAACGCUUUGUUAACUUGCAGAGGGACAGUGGUCUAGGGGUAUGAUUCUCGCUUUGGGAUUGAAUUAAACAGUUAAAAACUGCAAAAUUGCGAGAGGUCCCGGGUUCGAAUCCCGGCUGUCCCCAUUAAAUUUUUUGAAUUUCAAGUACAGCAAUUUAAUAUUCUUGGCUUACUCGAAAGCAAUAUAAGGUUAUAUUGACAUUUUUUGUUAUGUUAUGUAAUGUCAAUCUCUGAAUCUUUCUCUAACAAUUCUUUUAUUGAAUAUCCUGUUUGCUUUGCAGAUAAGAGAUAUUUGUUUUUUUUAUAAGAGUAUGCAUUUUGCUAAAAACUAUCAACAAGGAAUUGCUCUUUGUAAAGAAAAAUGAUUUUGAACUUUAAAAGAAAUAAUAACAUUCGUC